CCUGAAAGAGUGUGCAGAUAAAAUCAAUUCAGGUAUGAAGAGGUCCUAUCCUGCCUCCAUCCCUCGCCCCACUACGCAAAGUGACCAUGUCUGCCCCAUCAGAACAACCCGUCUACUACACUCCUGCUCCCGCACCAGGAGGCGCUAGCCCCGCUCCAAAUCCCGCGGGCACACCCACAUAUCAAUAUGUUCAGCCCCAGCCUUUGCCCGACCAGAUUCAUCAACAGCCCGCAGGAACGUUGCAGCAGCCUUACUAUCCUCCUCAGUCGCCUGCACUCAUGCAGCAAUCGCCUGCACUUAUGCAGCAAUCGCCUAUUGGCCAGCAGCAGCAGCCCUACUAUGGUGAUCAGCAGCCCCAGACCCAACAGCAGCAACCCUACUAUGGUAAUCAGCAGCCCCAGGUCCAGCAGCAGCAACCCUACUAUGCUGAGCAGCAGCCCCAGGUCCAGCAGCAGCAACCAACAACAUAUGUCUACGCUCAGGAGCAUACCACAACAGAGAUGCCUGUGGUCAGCGGCAAUGGAAGGGGUAUCGUUGGAAGGAUGCCUCAGCUCCAGACCUGCUGUAUGUGCUUUCCUCUCCACACGGGUGCCUUGAUCAUCGCAGCACUCAUGUUCAUUUUCUAUGGAUACUGCGGUCUUGUCCUGCUCCUUGCUAGCGGGUACAGUGGCGGCAUCUUCGUCGGUUUGAUUAUCAUCGGUAUCUUCUAUCUCUUGGUCGCUGUGGUUUCCGGCUACGGUUUCGCUGGUAUCUAUAAGGAGCAGCCCCUCUGGGUGGACAAAUUCAUCCGGUUCUACCUCAUCGGCUCGGUCGUGUGGUUUGUGUUUGAGGUUCUCGAGAUGAUCCUGCGCGUCGUCUACAUCAACCAGUACAUUUACUAUGGCGGAUUUCCCUGGGCCGCGUGGAUCAUUCAGCUAAUUCUUGCCUCGCUCUUCCAGUACUACUUCUGCGUCUGCUUGGUCUCCUACCAGCGCGUCUUGCACGCCCGCGUCGGCGACGAGAAGCAGCUCCAGAUGUCUUAAAUCGGACAUGCGGCUGGGACCUAUUCCAAGCAUGACAUAUAUAUUUUCUAGCCCAUAUAAUCCACAUUUCGUCUCUAUUGUAACAAAUACACCUCAAACCACUAAUUAAAAUGCAAUUGCUCAAAUAACCAAAUAACCACCGACGCUC